UUUUUUCUUUUUUGUUUUCUCUAACUUGACAUGAAUUCUUUACGCUUGGUUGCUCGUCGUGCUUUUUCCACUGUACAUCCUGGUAGUCGCCCUGGGAUUACGAAUGGAUUUAUCGGCGCUAUUGGCAAUACACCUCUUAUUCGCUUAGAUAGAUUAUCACAAGAAACUGGCUCUGAAAUUUUAGCUAAAGCUGAAUUUAUGAACCCAGGCGGUUCUGUCAAGGAUCGUGCUGCUUUGUUUGUCGUUAAGGAUGCUGAAGAAAAAGGCUUGAUUAAACCUGGAGGUACUAUUGUUGAAGGCACUGCUGGUAAUACUGGUAUUGGUUUAGCCCAUGUCUGUCGUGCCAAAGGAUAUAAAUGUGUCAUUUACAUGCCCAACACUCAGUCUCAAGAAAAGAUUGAUUUGUUGCGUAUGUUGGGUGCUGAAGUGUAUCCUGUCCCAGCUGUUGCAUUCAAUGAUCCAGAAAACUACAAUCACCAAGCCAAGCGUCAUGCUGAUUCACUCGAAAAUGCUGUCUGGACCAAUCAAUUCGAUAACACAGCUAACCGUCGUGCUCACAUUGAGACUACAGGUCCUGAAAUUUUCGCUCAAACAAAUGGCGAAGUGGAUGGUUUUGUGUGUGCCACUGGUACAGGUGGUUCCCUUGCUGGUACAGCUCGUUAUUUGAAAGACAAAAAGGGAGACCAAGUCAAGAUUUUUAUUGCUGAUCCCCCUGGAUCUGUUCUCUUCAGUUACUUUACCAGUGGACAUAAAUUGUUUGAACGUAGUGGAUCUUCCAUUACAGAAGGUAUUGGUCAAGGUCGUAUCACUGAUAAUUUGUGCCCUGAUGUUGAUUUGAUUGAUGGUGCUUUGAACAUUCCUGAUCAAGAAACCAUCAAGAUGGUCUACCGUUUGUUAGAUGAGGAGGGUAUUUAUGUCGGUGCUUCUUCUGCCUUGAAUGUGGUUGCUGCUGUUGAAAUGGCUAAGCAACUUGGUAAGGGCAAGAAGAUCGUGACCCUCUUGUGUGAUGGUGCUUAUAGAUAUCAAUCUCGUCUUUUCAGCCGUAAGUGGUUGGAAUCCAAGAGUUUGUCAGAUGCUAUUCCUGAGCAUUUACAAAAGUAUGUUGUCUUACCAUAAAAUAAAUGCAUAAAGCAAAGUCACAUUGACUUAUUCAA